CUAAAAUAAAAUCAGCUGUCACUGUGUGCUCGUUGGACAGAAGUGAACACAUUGCGCUGGAGCUGGUCUCCAACACUGACUGGGAUUUGCUUUCGGCUUGGAACGACCCUGCAGGCCGGGGGUGCUGUGGCCUUUGUGUGGGAUUUCUACCUGCUGAGCUCGUAUUUUCAUAAUUCAUAACACACCUGGUAGGUGAUCGGCAUUUCAAGAGUGGUGUUUGUGUCUUUGAGUCAACAGUUUAGUGAAAAUAUUGGAAUGAACUUGACUGUAUGGAUCCAGUGUUUAUAAUUAUAGUUCUGCUUUUAACAAAGUGGGAUCCAUCUCUUUGAGGUCUGCAUCCGGAAACAUAAAAGGCUCACGCUAAAUUUAUGAUUAUGUUCCAGUACAAAAAAACUAAAUGUCUAUUUUGUUUCCAACCUGCUGGGAACUUGGCUGUGAUUCAGGUCCAAAAUUAAAUCUAUAUAUAUACAUUUAUUUCUGGCUUGAAGAGAGGUAAGAUUGAUCCAGUUAACAGACUGACUGAGCUGCUGAACUGUGUACCUGUAGGUGCUCUGUAAACCCACUCCCACGUGGAAUCAGGAUUACUGAGGAGUUUUCUUUAAUUACAGCACAACUGCUUCAUAAAUGCAGCCUAUAUGGGAAAAAAAAGACUUGACCUAAAGCUUCCACCUAUAUUUCACUGAGGAACACGACCCUGCAUGGUUAAGUUUAAAAUAGGAGUGAUUUAUUUUAGUGAGUACAUGGCGCCGGGAUUACUUCACUUUCUUGUUAUUUGAGCUCUGAGCUGGACCUGACGUGUCAUGAGAUAGCCUCUGACUGUUGACAGAUUCAACCUGUAGUUCUUACAGCAAUAAUUUACUGUCUCUUCAUCUUCACCCUUAACUAGGAAACUAGGGAACUCUGCUGUUCUGAGUUUUUCCUCAACAAAGUUUUACAGAGAACAUGAAGGAAAUGGCCUCAGUAUCGUAAAUGGUUUCCCUUAACGGAGAUGUGUAAUGGCUGUUCCUUAUUCGUCUUUAAUGGACUGAUAGGUUUACAUAAACAUGCCCUCCAUUCCUUCAUGUCCAAAAUAGAUCAUCCGGGGGAGUCUGUGAAGCUACAAAUCAAAAACGACAGGAAAAGUAUGCCAAUUAAAAGCAGGUCAUCAAAGUGCAAUGCUCUAAAAGUCGGUAUCAGAUGUUUGUUCCUAAAAAUUUAGAAGUUAGCACAACAACCUUAGCCUAUCAAGCUCAAAACUAGCUAUUGGAAAGGUAUUUUAAAAAAGGUGUAUUCCUACUAACAUAAUUACUGCUAAAUGAUACAAAAGGUGCUCAAUGUAUCCCAUCCAGCACUUUUGCUGACAGCAUCAUAAAUAUACACCCAGCCUAAAGUCGUUCCAAUUUAUCCCAAAAUGAGGUAGGGUAUAAAAAAAAACAGUUUCAGCACGCCAUUAGUCUUCAGAGUAAUACUUUUCAAACAUAAAAAACAGCCUGGAUUCAUAUUUCAAACUAUAAAUUGUAUCAGCACAUUUAUAUCUAAAAGAAACUGGGGUGUGAAUACUUUGAAUUCACAAACACGCACACACAAAUGUUGAGUCAGCUGCAGGCUGGAUGUGGAGUCUGCAGAUGUGAAGAGUUUUAUGAGUUUAAGAUCUCAGUGAGUGUCUCUUUUUAAUGCACUGCAACACUCUGCUAGCUUAAGUGUGAUGUUGCUCUGAGUCUGAGUGACUCCAGACAGAAACAUAAUUUAUAUCCUGAAAGUUAAAAAGUAGAAAUUUUAUUACCAUAACACACAUUUUCCUUGUUAGUGUAUUCAUUCACUACAGGAGGAUAGUUGAAUAUGCCAUCAUUGACAAAAUAUGAGUGAUAUUGCAAACAAGAAGUAACCUUUACGGGAUGUAAGUUGUCUUUUGAAAGAUUUCAGUAUGUUUGUUUUAUUCCUAGUAUACAAAAAAUAGCAACAAACUUUGGCCUAAGGAACCAUUUGCAGGAGUCUAAGGGAAACCUUGUAAGAAUGGAGGACUAAUUUCACCAUAAACCCAGAGUUUAGUUUCAGUUGUCUCUCAGUGUUUCUACUCAUAUUAUUACACAACAACUGUUGCUCCUGAAAACUGCUUCUUCUAUGAAUUUCAGUUGAAAAUAUUGUGUGUGCUCAUGCAUAUUCACAAUAAACCAUGUUGUUAGCAAUGUUAAGGGACGUGUUAAUCCAGUCGUCUAAUAGUAUCUUCCUUUAGCUAACCAAUAAUAAAGCUUUGAAAACGAACAAGCACAGAUCUGACAGCAGCAGCAGCUCUUUAAUUACAUUUGUGUACACCAGUCUAAGGUGAAAAUCAUUUCCUUUAACUGCUUUGUUUUUUUUUGGCUAUGUGUGCCUUAGCUGCUGGCAGUGCAGGUUUAACCAGGGCAGGACUUCCUGAAAGAGAUUUAACCCAGAGGAACCGGAUUCACUCUGUGGACUCAGAGGUCAUCCCACUGACCAACUGUGAGGCCAUGUACCAGGCAGCUGUCUCCAAGCGAGCAGACACCACCAUCCCCAGCGGGGUACUAUAGCUCAUGCAUGGACAUGCAGUCCAUCUUAAAUGCACCACUCAACUGCUUACUAGUCCUCCAUGCAUUAAGAAGAGUAUUAACACCAUAAGACGUCUGCUUCUGAUGGCUUUGGUUUUCUUGCUUUAUUGAAGGACGCUUCUAGCUUCUAGCUUCUAGCUUCUGCAGAAACCCUGAAAAUGUUUCUCCGUAGUUUGGCUGCACUGAGCAGGUUUUUGUCACCAUCAUUGUUGGUGUUGUAAUGCAGUAUUAGUGGAGGUGAUGACAGUUUUGAAGUUGGGGGAAGGGGGUCAGCAGUCUUGCAUUUACAUGAUUAUAAAUAGAAGGGAAACAUGAGACUCCCUUCAACAGGGCAGAAAAUAGAGGAAGGUUGCAGGAAAUGUGAAAUAUUUCUGGCUUUACUUUUAAAGGGCUUUAACAUUUGAAGCUAUUACAUAAACAGGCUGUUAUGUGUGUUUGUGUAUGUGUGCUUAGAAAAAGAGGGAGCAAACGGCGUAGCGCAUUAGCCUGACAGCAGCCCACCCUGCAUGCAUACCAGACAGAGGAGCCCUAUUAAGCAUCAGUUUGAUUUCAGGUCGUGCCAAAGAGGAAGCAGCUAAUGAUAUUUCCUGCUUCAUUAGGUCAUGGAGGAGUCGGAGGUCUGUUCCCUGCCUGGGGGACUUGCCAGUGUGAGGAAGCAAUUUGAGACCCAGGAAACUGCAACUUCACAUAAUGUAACCCAGUUCCACUUUCAUCACAGGACCGUGCAGGUAUACAUGUUGAACACACUCAACUCGAGGGGCAUGUUGGGCUUUCAGCUGGAUUCCCUGCAAGUAAAAUAUAUGUUAGAUAUUAACUCAGAGGGUUUUACCACAUCGUAUCAAACCAAUACAGGAGCAAAGUGAGUAGGUUAACACAUCUUAUUCGCCUUCCUCGAAACAGCUUUCAUGAAAGCACUCAUACUGAAGUUCCAUUCCAUUCAGACAGAAACUUUGCUAAGCAACAGGAAAGAAUGUCUUAUUUCGUAGUUUUCAACGUGAACAGCUUGACAUGUUCUUUGUCAUCUUGCCUCCAUCUGCGAUUAGUCAUUUCAAACUGCAGAGAGCAAUCUGUUAGAGCAUCUUCUCUACGUGCUACUCAGUUGUGUACUAUUAAGCUUUGACUGGUGGAGUAGAGUGAGCUCGAAUUUAUGUGUCUGACAAGCAGGGCAAAGUGAUGAAAUGGGACAAAAAGAGUUAUCUGUAUUCAUGCUUGCUACGUGUUGGGGGGAAAAAAAACACACUUUUUCAGCUGUGUCUGACAACCACUGUCACUUCUUCACAGGAAAUGUCAAACUCAGAGGUGAUGGUGUCAGGCAGCAGCAGGCAGGUCCUCCCAGGCAGUCAGCAGCUCAAUGUCAACCAAGAAACCAUGGUACGUUUUUGUCUCUGUGCUCCUGCAGGGGGGUGAAAAUGCUUUGCUAAUGAGCUAAACACAGCGAUUGCCUUCUCGCUUAAAAACUGAGACAGAUUGCAAUUAUUCAAAUUUGUGAAACAAAAGUAUCUUAACUUUGUUUUAAUAUAUUCAUGUUUGAUAUUUGUGAAAUUUCUUUGUCUUUUCAAAAUGAUAUUAGAUGUUAUACGGCAACAGUAACCUGGAAUCCACUUUUGAAAACCAUCAAAAUGAAACAGGUGAGUUUGGGGUUGGAUAUAUUUGGUUGUUUAAGGCUUUUAUGAAGACAUUCCUCUAUACUUGUGUCUGUGUUAACAUUUAGAAGAGGAGUUUCCCAGGUAUACUACCAAAGAACUGAGGGAUCGCUUUGAAAGAACGAUAGAGGAGGCGGCUCCCCAGAAACCAGUCAAGGUGAGCAUUUCUACGUCAGGGAAAGUGUCAAAACCUGAGGAGAAGGAAUACUCAAUUUACAAUAUUUAAACUGGUUAUAAAUCAAAUUAUAAAGAUAUUUACUUAGUUGUAAUCCUUCAGAUUUUUGCCCUUUUUGAUUUGGCCUCUAUUUCGGUUAUUUACAUACCACAGCGAAGGAUGCCUCAGUCUAUUGCUCAGGCAUACAACAGAGAACACAUUUGUGUAAUUACGGUACUCUGCAUUCAGAGAAAAACUUAAAUCAAGUAAAAUUGUAGCAAAAAUGUUAAAUCCCAAGUUAAUUUCAUGCUGCAAGUAGUCUUAACACUCAGCAGGUGAGCAUUGGGCUAUUAGACACUUCACAGAGAAGGUGGAGAUGUGCAUUUCUAAUAUUUAACAGCAGGAAGAUUUUUAGCAGGAUAUGAAACAUUUUUUGAGUGAAAAAACCAGCAGCAACAAUAUUGGUGAUUUGUAAAGAGUGGUUUUUAAAGCUUCAAACCUCUGCAAAGGUAGGAGUCAGACAGAUUGCAGCAGUAGGUUUGACAUUUUACAGAUCCAGAAGAAGUCAGUCACUUGGCUAUUAAAGACAGCAGGUAGAGAUUUAAGAUGUCUAUUAGAUGUCAAUAAAUUCAGUCUACAACCACUGAGUUAAGUUGAGAUGCUGCAUUUGAAGGUUAAAUAGUGAACAGGGUGCCUGAUAGUCGUGGAAAAACAUAAAAAAGAAAGUGUUGAGGUUGAGAACCAUGUGUAUUCGCUCCAGGGAAUCCUUCCUUAGAUGAAAGGUGAUCAAUUUUGGGGUUUAAAGCCAUGAAAAUCUUAAGGAUUACAGCUGAAGCUCAUUUUAGCGGCACCCUGAUUUGUGGGCUGCAAAGAGAAAGAAACUCUCUACUCUUUGUGAUCUGAUUUUUACAGUGUAUCCUCAAUUGUCACAACAAGGGUAGAUGUGUGUUUAGCUCUAUAAUGUGGUGGAUUUUGAAUUAUUUACCCACAAAUACCCUCUCUGUCCCUUGACAAGAUUGAGCGUGACAUCAAUCGAUCUAAGUGGUCCUCAAAUGUGACACAAAACAACACAGUGACUAGUGAGAUGUAUGAAGCAUCCACUGCCGAGGCAGCAAACAAUACAUCGGCUGCAGUGAUGGAUUAUGAGGACUUUCCGCCCCCGCCAGCUGAGGAUUCUGACUAUCUUCCACCCCCGCCUCCAGACUUACUACAAAUGCCAUCAGAGAGUCAAAAUGUGCCAGCCUGCAAUUACUCACCUGAGCCUCCAGAACCAGUGAACCUCUCCAAACACCCACUCAACAAAGAGGCUUACUUCAAACAGAGGAGUAUGUAUGAGCUCAAACGCCUCUACAAGCACAUUCAUCCUGAGGUUCGAAAGAAUAUUGAGAAGGAGUUCUGCGGUGAUUAUAAUGAAAGUGAGAACAACCAUGUAGAGGGCCAAGAGUACAUGUACGAGGAUGAAGGUGGUAGUCCAGAUGAUGAGGAAGAGUAUGGAGAAUGGGAAGAGAUCCUACCAGGGGAUGUGCAGUCCAUGCGUUGGAUGUUUGAGAAUAAGCCACUGGACACUAUUAAAGAUGAAGCUCUGGAUGAGGACGAUGAAGAGAACAAAAUAAGUCAACAGGAGAUGAUUCUUGGGAAAGAUGUGAGACGAACAGCUUGGAUGUUUGAGACCAAGCCCAUGGAUGAGCUGAGCUCCAACAAUAUCCACUCAACUGAAUAUAAAAACAAAUUCAACAAGUGUGAGAAAGGAGAUGUUCGUGCUGCAGCGUGGCUGUUUGAAACCCAGACCAUGGACACUCUGAAUAAAAUGCACAAGGACGAGGACUUAACCAAAGAGAUUGUGUUCACAGAGGAGGAUGGAAAUGCCACCAUUUACAUGAUUGACAAUAAGUACAUGGAAAGCCUUGGACACACGGAGACAAUUGACGAGAGCAAACUGCUGAGUCUGCGGUCAGUGUUAGAGGAAAUUAGUGGAGACGUGAAAACUGUUACCAGCACUUUUGACACUCAGUUUAAAUGCAUUAUUAUGGGACAAUCAAGCCAAAUGCUGGAAAUUAAGUCUGUGCGUAAAAUCGAGACGGAAUUGGAGAACUCCAUCGCGUCACGUUGGCUUUUUGACACCCAACCCCUGGACAUGGCAAACAGACAACCUUCAUCUCUGAAGCUCGUGUGCAGUCUUUCCAUGGAGGACAGCAAUAAAGGAGACUGGGGCAGGUGGUUGUUUGAGAUAAAAACCCUGAAUUCUCUCAAUGAGUGGACGAGCUCCAAAAUAGAGAAUAAAGAGAUCAUCGGAGCUGAUGUACGCAAACACUGUUUAACAUUUGAAACCCAGCCAAUGGAUUCAUUGAAGGACGACUCCAACGCAAGAGCCCAGUCCCUUGAAGAAAUUAUUGUGGGUAAUGUUAGAUCUGCUCGCAAUUUCUUUGAAAGCAGCCCUCAAGCUGUGAGAAAGACUGGGCCUGAGGUCGGGAAACUUCAAAAGGCAACAGUGGAUGAGGAAAUGAAAGGUGACGUGAGACACCAAAAGUGGCGCUUUGAGAGCCAACCUCUAGAGCAUAUAAGAGAGGAGAAGAAAGAGGUGACUCGCACUGUGAAUAUUGAAAACGACCUCACACAGGAGGAUGGCGUAAGCUGCAGGGCAGAUGUUCGCAAGAACUGCUGGGUAUUUGAAACUCAGCCAAUGGACACUUUAAAAGAUGAUUCAAAUGCAAAGCCACCGACAAAAGAGGAAAUUAUUGCAGGUAAUGUGAGAUCAGCCAGACAUUAUUUCGAGACAGUUCCAUCUGAGGAGCUGAAGGAGCUCGCAGAGGUGGGAAAACUGAAAAAAAUGGCAGCACUUGAUGAGGAAAAGGGCGACGUGAGACAUCAGAAAUGGAGAUUUGAAAGCCAACCCCUUGAGCACAUUAGGGAAGAAAAGAAAGAAGUCGUUCGAACCAUCGACAUGGAAGAAAUUGACAAAGUGGAUGUUUCAAACUACAAGCAAAUCUUUGAGAGCUCAGAAUGUAACUGGAGGGAUGACUCUCAAAAGAUUCUAAUCGAGGGUGUGACAUCAGGCUCUGUGAAAUCAAACAAAAACCUGUUUGAGUCGACUCCUAUGUACGCCAUGCAGGACAGCUCAGGGCACUUCCAUGAGGUGAAAACAGUGCGGCGUGAAGAGAUCGUGAAAGGAGAUGUAACAAUGUGCAAGUGGAUGUUUGAAACACGGCCAAUCGACCAGUUUGAUGAAACUAUUGAAAACUUCCAAAUUAUCAAAGGUAUCUCCAAACAAGAGUUAGAGUCCGGAGAUGUCAAAACUGCAAAGUGGUUGUUUGAAACCCAACCUCUUGAUGCUAUCAAGUAUUUCAGUAAUAUUGAAGAUGAGGAAGUUGUAGCAACAAGUUCAAAUCAAGAAAUCAUGAAGGGUGAUGUUAAAACCUGCAAGUGGCUAUUUGAGACUAAACCGAUGGACAUCCUGUACGAAAGAGUCGAGUUAAAGGGUGAGAAUGAAUCUGAACAUGUGCAGAAGGGAGAUGUGAAAACCUGCACAUGGCUGUUUGAGACACAAGCUCUUGAUACCAUCCAUGAUGAGACAGAGACCAUUCUGAAAACAAGCACUGUGAACCAAGAGGACAUCAGAGGGAAAGAUGUCCGAAUGGCAUGUUUUCUCUUUGAGACGGAGAAACUGGAGAACCUCACUGGGGAGGAGGAGGACUCUUACAAGCGUGUCACUGAGAUAGACAUCGCAUCUGGGGAUGUGUCGAGGAUGAAGUACAUUUUUGAGAAUCAAACUUCUGAUAUCAUGACUUCUACAUCUGAUGAAGUCAGGCAAAAGCUCAAGAGAGUUCAGACUGCGGAUAUUCAAAAAGGAAACGUUGUGAGCUGCAAAUGGCUCUUUGAAAACCAAUCAAUAGAUACCAUACAUGACAGUGAAGAGGGAACAGUGGGCGGCCGCACAGUUCAUGAUGUGCAAGGAGGAGACGUUGACAAGAGCCGUUUUAUUUUUGAAACCUACUCUUUGGAUAAGAUUCAGGAGGCAUCCUCAGAGACGAACGCAGAGUUGACAAAGAGGCAGAAAAUCAUCAGAGAUGAGGAUGAGAAGGGGGACGUGAGAAAUUACACUAUGAUGUUUGAAAAUCAGCCCCUUUACGCCAUCCAGGAUAAAGAGGGCCUUUAUCACGAGGUCACCACCGUUACCAGCGAAGAGGUUACGAGAGGAGAUGUUGUCGGCACACGGUGGUUGUUUGAAACAAAGCCCCUUGAUGCUAUCAAGGACACAGACGAGGUUUAUAUAAUCAAAUCUGUCACACAACAGGAUGUGCAGAAAGGAGAUGUCACCUCUGCCAAGUGGAGAUUUGAGACACAGCCUCUUGAUGGGAUUGCUGAGGAAAGGAAAGCUUUGGUAAGAACUGUGGAUGAUAUCCAAGGAGGCAAUGUUAGGAUGAACAAAGAUCGUUUUGAGUCUGACGCUCUGUCUCAACAAUCUGUCAGAACGGUUAAUGUAAGCGAAAUACAAAAAGGCGACGUCAGGACUGCAAAAUGGAGAUUCGAAACCCAGUCAAUGGACAAAAUAAGAAGCAUGAGCUCUGAAAAUCUCAUUGAAACAGUGAAAAAGGAGGAGGUCGCAAAGGGAGAUGUUAAACAUUCAGUGUGGCUCUUUGAGGAAAACCCGCUUGACCAUAUCAAAGAGGUAGAUGAGGAGGAAGAUCAUCCAGCUGUCACGAAAGAGGAGAUCUCCAAAGCGGAUGUAAAGACAACGACUUGGCUCUUUGAGACAACUCCGUUUGACAACUUUAAUGAGACAAAAAUGGAGAAGGCAGAAAUUGUGGGAAAGAGCAUCAAGGGAACUCUUGAAGAGCUUUACAGUCAGGAAAUGGUGAAGUCAAAGGGAAUUCUCAUUGAAGCAGAUGAAAUUGGAGAUGUUAGGAUGGCAAAGUACCAGCUGAUGAAUAAGCAUUCACCAGAAAUUCAGCGAGAGGAAAUCAUCAGGGGGGAUCUGCAGACGAUAAUGAUGAACCUCCUGAACAGGCAGGAAAGAGAAGAGCGGCAGGUUGUUAUAGAUUCAGAAGAGAAAGGAAACAUCAGUUCAACAGUGCAGCAACUAUUCAACCAAGAGAGGGACAGCAGUGUUGAGAGAGAGGAAAUAAUACGUGGCGAUAUUCAGGAAGCUAUAUCCAACCUUUUGAACGGAGGCAAAUUGGCUAAACAUGGAAUACUCAUCCAGGAGGACGAGAAAGGAGAUGUGCAGAUGACAAUAUACUCACUCCUCAAUAAACAAGACGAUUCAAGUGUUGAAAAAGAGGACGUUAUCAGAGGGGAUAUAAAGAGUGCUCUUCAAAAACUGGCAAGCGCAGACAUGACGGAUCAGGCAGUGAGGAUAAAGGUAGACGACACAGAAAAGGGAAAUGUCAACUUCUACUCCACAUGCAUUGAAUCUGGGGCUCUAGAUUAUCUUAAACAUCUUCAUUUAGAACCUGAUGAGGCUCAAUCUGACACAGCAGAAAAGGAGAAGAUCGUCGGGGGCGACAUUAAGGGCACCAAGCGCAUCCUCAGUAGCAAUCGAACACAAGUUGAGCGUACAGUUGAGGAUGUCAUACCAGGAGAUGUUCACAACGCCGUGAAGGUUUUCAUGUCUGAACCGAGUGUCUCAUUGGAAAAACUCCAAAAGGAAGAGAUAGUCAAAGGUGAUUUAAGAGCCGCUUUGAACUCAUUGUCCGUCUCAGCAAAUCAGUCUGUUGUUGUGGAGAAAGAGGAGGUGGUGAAAGGUAACAUACCCAAAGCCCUGCGCUGUCUGGAGAGGGCUCAAAAAUGGUACAAGGAGGUCGAGAAGCCAGAUAUCAUACCAGGAAAUAUCAGAGGUGCGCUGAGAUCUCUUGAGAAAUCAGCUGCACCCAGAGUUGAAGCUGUUGUCGAUGAUUUAGUUCCUGGAGAUGUGAAGGCCACUCUUAAAUCACUGGAGCUGGCCAAGCAAGCAGUGAAGGAAGUCGAAAAGGAAGAAAUCGUGAGGGGGGAUAUUCGUAUAGCAAAGCAAAGUCUUCAAGAUGCCUCCAGUGAGAGGAAAAUCAGUCAGCAGGGAGCAGAUGUCCAAGGAGAUGUCAGAGGAACAAUUCAGCUCUUCAUGGAUCCUCCAUCUUCACCAAGGAUGCAAAGGAGCCCGAGUGUGGAGGGUGAGGUAAAAGGUGAUGUCAAGAUGUCAAUUAGGUCACUGUAUGAGACACAGGAACAAACUCAGCUGGAGAAGGAAGAGGUGAUUAAGGGCGAUGUUAAAGGCACUAUUAAAUCAUUGCUGGAAACAGCACAGCGUGAAGCUCCUAAAGUCAGACUCGGAGCAUACAGAAGAGUCAAAGUCAAGCAGAGCCCUCCGGUUAAAAACCUAAAGACUGAUGCUCAACGAAACAUACAAAAGAUAAAGACUGCCAGUGUGGUUGAAACAGCACAAGAAAAUCACUCUGAAAUUGAAACAGUCAAAACAAAAUCCAGUUUUGUGCAGCAGUCGGUCCAAAAAACAACAAAAACUGUGGUGGAGCAUAAAACCAUUACCCAAAACCACGGCAUCAAGACCUUAAAGACGGAGUUCCGUAAUCUCAAAUCCAAUCCAAAGGCAAUGAUCAAAGCCGAUAAAACCAAGGUGAAAACGGAUGUCAUCGUGCUGAAACCAAAAGCACCAGAGCCUGAUCUGCCUCUUCCACCACCACCUCCUCCAAUGGUGGACACAGACCUCCCCCCGCCCCCUCCUCCCACCUCUGUUGAUUCUGACAUGGAUCACCUUCCUCCUCCACCACCUCCUCUCACCAGUGAACCAGAUGUCCUUCCUCCUCCUCCAUCUCCACAGGAACUGGAAAGUUUGCCAGCACAUGCAGUUCAUGCUUCACCUGCCAAAGCCAAAAAGAUGACCGUGAAAAAAGUGAAAGCUCCCGCUGUGCACCAGGUCUCCAAAUUGAAGCAGAAAGCGGAGUUAAGCAAAACAAAAGAGGUGGAGGUUAAAACAGAAAAGGUGGUGGAAAUAAGUCAAAACCAGUCCAAAACAACCACACAAACAUCCAAAAUGGUCUCACAUGAUAUCCCACCCCCACCUGCAUCACCCCAACCGCUAAAGAAAGUUUACAUCUCUCCUGUGAGGUUCACCCCUCCGCCCUCUCCUCCACCUUUCAUGAGAGGCCAAAUGAGUAAAUUUAGCACCCCGCUAAUCAAAGCAGAAGAAAAAUUCCGGAAGCUGAGGGAGGAAAACACACCCCCAACCUCUCCAUCACCCACUUUGAUCCAUGACUCAGUUACAGCUGCCCUUGAAGUGCUUUCCAGCAAAGACGCAGAGCAGUUAAAUAACAACACAACGCAAAUCAAACAGCAGAAAGCUGAAAAUAUGCAGCUGAGUGUUCAUCCAGAUUCCAGCUCAGGCGCGCUAUCUAAGGAAAGUGUGGUCUCGAAUACCAUGCAGAGCAAUUUCAGCACAAGUCAUGGGAAAGUUGUCUCAGAUUCUAGGAGUUUAUCCUCUACUAAACAGCAAAUAGUCUCUAAUGAGACUUCUAAGGUUGUCUCCUUUCAGAAGACUUCGUCCGUCUCAUCUGUCAGACAGCAAACGCACACAACCUCGCAGAAAACGGUUUCUGUUUCCUCCACCAAGUCUGCUCAGUCUGUCACGGCUGAGAAAACUCAGGGUUUGAUUACUGAUGUAGCAAGAAUAGAGAACAUGGUGGCUGAUAGACAGACGGAUCCUAAAAACCAGAACACAGAGGCCAUGGUCAAAUCUGAGGAGAUAAAGGAGAGUAAAAAACGUGUUGAUAAAGCCUCAGCUAAAAUGCUCAAAUCUGGACCUGCUGUCACUUCUGAGGAGAAUGUUAAAGAUAAAAGUGUUAAAGAGGCCAAAACAGCACAACAUGAUAACAAAAAGAAAACUGAUCACUCUCCUCCAAAGAACAAAGAGAAAGUGUCUGAUCAACCAGUACAGACAGAAAAGGCGGCUUCAAACACUAAUGGAAAAAAUGGCAAACUGAACCAAAAGGUGAAAAAGAACAAUAAACAGGAAAAGCAAGCUGAGGUGAAAACUUCCAACGAGGCAGAGAAAACCGGUGUUUCACAAGAAAUCAAGGUGGAAGUGAAGGAAGCUAAUGAGGUGAAAGUGAUCAGUGAACCUAAAGAAGUGAAGGCUGAGGUGAAGCAGGAGAUUACAAAAGUCACUCCUCCUCUCGCUGCUGCCUCCAUGUCUACUGUUACUGUGAGCGUAACUGACAGUCAACCAGAAACUGCUGCUCCAGUGAAGAAGAAAAAGAAGUCCAAAAAGUCAAGACAGCAACAUGUAGAAGUUAUAGAAACUAAGACUGAGUUACCUGAAAAAGUGAACCAAACUCAGGUGUCAAUUGCGACCACCCAAAUUCAAAAGAGUGUCAAAGAAGAGAAAAUUCAGGUGGUUACUGUGGGCAGCAAAGAUGAUCAGAUCUCACAGCAGCAAAAAGCAGUUCAGAAGAAUGAAAAGGGGUCUCAAAAGAAAAAGGGAGUGACAGCAAUUCAGCAGAGCACAGAGAAACCAUCAGAAGAAAGCAGGGAUAUCCCAAUUAUAGUGACAGGGAAGUCCAACAAAAAUGAGCUGGUUAAGUCCACAGAGGAGGCUCAGACGGGGGACAGCCAAGUGUUCAUCUCUCACAUCACACAGACACAAAAAGUUUCAGGAAAGACUCAUUCUAAAAUCGUAAGCGCUCAGUUUGAUACAGAUCCAAAUUGGCUCACAAGUCGGGGAGAAGACAACGAGACAAUGGAGAAGCAUGAAUGUGAGCCGGUGUCUGAGAAAUCUGUUUCUGGCAGUGCAACACCAAGAAUUUCUAAGAUCAGCAUCGGUUCUGCCAAAAUUGAGAGCCAAACGCAGAAAAGGACCUCCCAUGAGAGGAGGAAAGAAGAAGUGGGUCAGUCCAAGUUUGUUGACCUUCGGGCUCCCUCCCCGUUGCUGAGGAUGCGUUCCCCUUCACCAACUUUUAUCACCAUCGAAUCCACACGAAGAACUGACUCACCCCAGAGAGUCACACCAUCACCUACCCUGCUGCACAGGCCACCAACACCUCCAACACCACCGCCACGCAGGUGUGAGACCCCGACAUCACGUCUAACCAGAAUCACACCUUCUCCAACUUUUGACCGAGCGGAAAAUUUGCCUCGACUCAAAGACGCAACUGCAAAGCUGUCUCGUGGUGUAACCCCGCCACCCCUGCUUCCUCAACAAAUCUCAGAGAGGAAAUCAGAGAUUAUAGAAUCACCAGCAUCAUUCCAGAGGCAAAUUAAAAUCGAUUCACAACUUUUGGAGACUUCAGGGACAUUGAUUACCACAGAGAAAUCCAAAAAGAGUUCAUCUGGUGAGGCUCAGGGAGCUGAUGUGAAUUUGGCUCACAAAGAUAAUACAGAAAAUAAGUCAGAGGAUUUGACUGGAAACGAAAUACAAAGUCAGCCUGAGAGCCAUAUGCUAGAGUGGCAGAAUGAACCAGAUGUCGGUGGAGAUUCAGACAGCUCAGAGCCAUCAACAGCAUCUUUCAAAGAAAAGAGAAACUUUUUUGAAGUGGCUCAAAGGGCAGAAAUUAAUAAGACCUAUAUGCGAAAGGAGCCCAUUGACAUCCCUGAACGGCUGGGCCCAGACACAGAGGAGUAUGAGGAAGAAAAUAAGAACAAAGAAAAGGAUGAGCUUCCCAGGGCCGACAUGUCUAGUCUUGUAAACAAAUUUCAGUCACCUGAAGAGAGAUCAUAUAUCAAAAAAGAGCUUAUCCCACUGGCAGAGCGGCUUCACAAUGAUGCCGAGAGCACUGAAGAGACAAUAGACAUCCUGGAACAGGAAAUGCCAACUUUUGACAUCCAUGCCAUUAAAAAUGUUUUUGAACUGGGUGAGCAAAGUCCCUCGAUCGGAGAGGAGAAAAAGGAUCAGGAGGAGCCUGUGUCAAGCCUGAGUGAAACAACGGCAGACACUUCAAAGAGUGAAAGUCCUCAGGAGACAAAGGGGGGCUCACUACACGGCACCCUCCUCCCCCUGUUAAAACCUGAUCUGGAAACUGUGCCAGCAGAGCCAGCAGGCUUCUCUGAAACAAAAUCAAUCACAGAACACUUUGCAGACGUUGAUGAGUUUGGUAACAAGGUCACUGGAACAAGGACAGCUGUCACCAAGCACUCAGAGAGUGUGUCAACUGAACACACUCCCUUUUCCUACGCUGAUGCUGUGAAAAGAAAAGCUGCGGCGGCGGCGAGGAGAACAGAAACCUAUGAUGAAGAAGCUACUGAGAGGCUGCUGAGAAACUUCCACAAGACCUGGACUGAGAGUGAGUCAGUUUUCAAGAGUCUCGGCUACACUGUUUCCGAGGAGACGACAUCGCAAGUUGUGUCGCAGCAGACAAAGACCGUCUCAUCUGGUAAAGACCUGAGCAGCAUGACACAGCAGACACAGAUGGCAUGGACUGUGGGUGGUUUGGUUUACUUGUUCUGUUCACGAGCAGUUUUUAAAACAAGUAGACUGUAUGAACUGUGUGAAAGCAGCGAGCUAAAUGCUUACACUGGCAUGUUGAUCUGUAACGGGAAGGCCAAUUAUUAAGGUGUGUUAGCAUGAUAACAGUUUGGUACCACGGUUAAUACUGGAGGGCAUGUAAGGGUUCAAAUUUGGUUGAGCCAGUUGAACAAGUGGGAAAAAGUCCACGAUAACACAGUGUCAUCCUCUCUGUGAGGACGAGAGUUCACCAGGUUUCAUUCAAAAUUUUCAACUGUUUUUCUGAACAGCUUAUUCAGGGUUUUUUGGUGAAGACCUAAGUGGUGGAUCUUUCUAUGGAGCAACAACGCUGGCAUGACUAAUUACUGGGUUUAAGUUGGAUUGGGUUUUUAGUCUUGAGUACUUGAUAUGAUGUGCACUUCUGUAUUAAGUUCAUUUUUGAUACAGGAAAUCACUGUUGAAGUCCUCUAUUAUUUCACUGUUUUUUUCUGCAGCUUUCAAUCAAAGCUGAUGAAGACCAUGAGCUUUGAUGGAUGGUUGAAUGGUGUUAUAUUUUAAGCCCACAUCAAACCUGGAACAGAGAUAAUGAUACAGUCUCCCACUCCCUUAUGACCAACCUCUUUGAAGACUAUUUAACCAGUUUUGUAUAGCAGCCAAAGGCUGGUGUGGUUUAAACCGGUCAAACUGCUCCCUGUGAGCAGCAUUUCUAUCUCCCCAUAAGGCUGUCCAUGAGCUGUCACAGUAAAGCAAGCUUUUCAUUUACCUUUCCAGCAGUACAGUUAAAGUAGAAGCAGUCUGACAGUUUGCACUGAACCAGAUAAUAGCCUGUUGUUUGUUUUCACAAACACUGACAAAGUGCAGUUUAAAGUUGUUUAGAUAUCUGUGCAUGGAUGUUUGCAGAAAGAAUUACAUGUAAACCCACAAUAUGCCGAAUCGUUCCCUACCAUGGACACUGUAUAUGUUUUAUUCAGCCAAAUGAGCAUGCAUGAUAAAUAGGGUAUGGUACUGCUUUGUGCUGAUGCAUGUGUUGUUGCAUGGUAAGGCGUCUCAAAGGAAAUGCCCUUUAAAUAAAAGAAAAAUCUAACUAUUUGCAUUUUAUCGCUUCUCUCUCCUUAACAGGUUCGAGUUCCCAAGUCGGAGCUCUGCACGGUUUGCCGGAGGAGAGCUUAUCCGAUGGAUGCUGUGAUAGUGGACAAAAAAAAAUACCAUAAAUCCUGUUUCUACUGUGAGCACUGCAGAAAUAAAUUAAGGUAACUAUGGCAUACCUUAAUAAAUGGUCACGAUGGAUAACAUGGGAGCCAUUAAAGGUCUCAUUAAUCUCCUAAAUGCGUUUGCAUUAGAGUAGCAGUAUAAGUGUCAGGAGUGUACAGAAUAGCUAACUGCUUAAUGAUUUGACUGCUAAGCAUUAUAUUCUUUUCUCUUCCAGUUUAGGAAAUUAUGUCUCUCUCCAUGGACACUUCUACUGUCUACCCCACUACAAACAACUUCUAAAGUCCCAAGGAAACUACGAUAAUGGAUUUGGGCAGAAACCUCCUGCAGGAAGUUUUGUACCUAUCCCCUCAGACGAAUGGAGAUAUUCCAUAAGCAGCCUAAAUUCAAUAGAUAAAACACACUUUAGUGACAAAGAAAUAACAAAAUCCUAUCAUGAAAGCAAACCGCUCUUCAGCAGAAUUUCUGUAGUUUGGCCCCCACAGGCUGAUCCUCCUAAGAAAGCAUUUAAAAUAGAGGAAGACAUUCAGCUAACUAAACCCCAGUGGCCUCCAACUGACAGCUCCCCAAAGUCAGCCCAACACCAACACAGAAAGGCUGUUCCCAGAAGUGUCCUUUGAAAUUGAGUCCCCCUACCACGUUUUAGUCAAAUAACUCCAAAGAAGGAACACAAAAGAAAGGAUGAUGAGAAAGGACUGUCCUGGCGGUACUGCUACAGGAAGUGUUUGAUUAAAGGUCAUACAGUCAAGUGAGUUAAAAAGGAACAUGUAAGGUGAGGAUGUGGAAGAAAACUGUGUAUAUACUUGUAAAUGGUUUGUACGGGUGAAGGAAG